AUGCGCUCCUUCAUCCCUCUCCUCACCCUCACAGGGUUGUCAGCGGCGGCUACCCUGAGACCUAUCAGACAACGCCAACCAGUCUUUGACGACCUGGUAGAUACUUUGAGGGGUCCAAACUCCGACUCUCAGGGGUGGAUCCCCGAUCCUUGGAACGACCGGGUUUCCUCCACCACGAACAGUGCGGCCACUCCCACCGACGUCCCUACUGUCGAUGUCCCAGUCACGGUUCCAGAUGUCACAGACGGUGGCGACGGCGACGGCGAUGAUGGCGGUGACGACGGUGGUGACGCUGGUAACGACGGUGGUGAUGGCGGCAAUGAUGGUGGUGAUGGCGGUGAAAACGGGACGGACGACGGCACUGGCAAUGGAACCAACACCCCAGUUGCUCUGCCUAACAUCCCUGGCGGCGACAACGGUGGUCCCGUAACCCUUCCCGCCCUCCCCGGCGGCGGCAACCCCGAUGGUGACGAUGAUGUUACCAUCACUGUUCCCGACUUCACCGGCGGCAACCCUGACGGUGACGAUGACGAUGACUCAACCAUCACCGUUCCUGAUCUUACUGGCGGCGACAGCACUGAUGGCACCGACGGUACUGGCCUCACCGAUGGCACUGAUCUCACUGACGGCACCGACUUGAACGAUGACACUGACGGCUCGGUCACCAUCCUCCCCGCCACCCCUGUCACCCCCAUCCCCGUCAUCACCCGCCCCAUCAACGGCAGCAUCCCCAUCCGCUUCCCCGCCGCCGGCCAAGCCGAGAGCUGCCUCUCCGACCAAGCCGCCGAGGUCAUCAUCGACGCCUACGUCCGCAUGAUCUCCAAGUGGAACGACGAGGACGCCUACUACCUCUCCGACAACUUCUACGACACCUCCGACUCGAUCAACUCCCUCGCUGGCAUCCCCUUGGGAACCGUUACCUUCCCUAGCAAGGAGGCGUUCAUUGAGCACCAGCAUGUCAUGCCUGAUAACCUCCCCUUGAUCAUCACCCACAAGAUUGUUGACUGCGCUGAGAUCACCCUAAUCUGGACUGCUACUUUUGCCGUGCCCCAUGUUCAGGCCAAGCCUGUCAGGGGUAUUGCUAUUCUCAAGACCGUGGGCGAGUUGGAGGAUACCGAGUCGGAGCAUGUCAAGGAGCAGAAUGACUACAUCUGGAAGAUUGGGGGGCUCGAUGUCGAGUUUAACAACAUCGCUUAUUUGCAGAAUAUUGGGGGAAGCUGUGAGUUUCCUACCGGGCCUUAGGGGUCAGAGAGGAGAUAUGAUGGGAUGACAUCAUGAUGGGCUCCAGUGGGCAGUUAUGGCUUGCCCUGGAUGUUAAAAGGGGUGAUGGAUGGGGGAGAAGGGGGUUUUCGAUUCUAGCUGGGAUAUAGUUUUCGGAUAAUGAGGUUUAAUUUUAC